UGUCAAAAAAGCUAUCACAAGUAUAACAAGAACAUUUAUCAGUUCAAAAUUUGUUAGCCUGAUAGAUGGGUCUGGAAAAUUGCCAGUUCGAAAGUAGGAACAUGCACAAGACCUGGAAAAAGCCGCUGCACAAGCGUAAAAUAUGGAAGAAAACCUCGAAGAUAGCGCGCCUGGUGUACUAUAUGCAGCCGUUGGUGGAUCAUCUCCAGGCUGUCUGGAUGCAGCCGCUACCCUUCCCCACGAUGCUGAAGAUUGCAUAUACCUUCCUCCUGGGCUUCCUCAUACUUAUGCCGUUAAUUUUUCAGUUAAUUGUCGUACUCGUCUACUUCGGCAUCUUCCAGUACGUGAGCGAGCGGCACUCUUGGUUCCAGUUUGGUGAGAACUGGGAUCUCCUUGGCGGUCUGUCCAAGCUCUGGAGCUUCGAGGUGACCAACAAGAAUUAUCAGUUGUACGCAACCAUGUGCUUCGACAGGUAUCACGUGAUUAUAGCAGUCAUAUCCUCGACAGUGGACUAUAUCCGCCUGGCUCUUUUGUUCGUCUACACCUAAAUAUACGCUUUGAUUUCUCCAAACUAUGAUGGGGCAAAAGUUUAAUU